GUGAACGGUUGGUAAGCGUAAAAAUAACCAGCGACAUUAUAACCAGCAACACAACGAAUAAGUUACAUACAUAUCGUUCGUCCAGAAUGACUAGUAAAAGUGUUUGCCUGCUUUUGACCUUCGUGUAUGUUGUAGCAUUUGUUGAAUCUGUUGAUAUCGGUAAAAUGGAGAAAGGAGAAAUUGUCCCCGAUGUCAUCGACAAAAUUCCAUCAGAAGUCUUAAAGGUGAUUUAUCCCAGCGGAGCAAGUGUUGAACUUGGAAAUGAAUUAACCCCGACUCAGGUGAAAGAUGAGCCUAUUACUGUUAACUGGACGGCUGAUCCCAAUACUUUCUACACGGUCGCGAUGGUUGACCCGGAUGCACCCAGCAGAGAAGACCCCAAACUCAGAGAAGUGUUGCACUGGCUUGUAGGGAAUGUAAAAGGAGGAGAUGUUGAAAAUGGCGAAGUAAUCGCGGGAUAUAGAGGAUCCGGCCCACCGCAAGGUACGGGCUUACACAGAUACGUCUUCCUUGUUUACCAACAAAACGGAAAAAUCGAUUUUAAGGAGAAGAAAAUCGACAGCAGGUCUAGGGAAGGUCGAUUGAAUUUUUCCAUAAGAAAAUUCGCGGUGAAUUAUAGUUUAGGACAGCCUGUUGCUGGGAAUUAUUAUCAAGCUCAAUUCGACGAUUACGUGCCCAUAUUGCAAAGCCAAACAAUCCAAUGAACGUAAAAUAAUUCCUUCAAGUUACAACUAAUAAUAAAUUACAGUAAAUAUAAUUAAUAAAAUAUUUUCGCUA